GAUUGGGUUGGUCAUAUGCUUGCGAUCUUUGGUCUAUUGGAUGCAUUCUUGUAGAAUUGUUUACAGGUGAAGCCCUAUUCCAAACUCAUGAAAAUUUAGAGCAUCUGGCAAUGAUGGAGCAUGUACUUGGCAGAAUUCCUGAAAGGAUCGUCCGGCAAAUGUGCCGACCAAAUCAGCUUAAAUAUUUCAGAGGUGGUCGGUUACUUAAUUAUCCUAACGAUGAUACAACCAAACAAAGUCGUAAAUAUGUUAAGUCAUUACGUACAUUAGAAGAAGUCAUUGAGCCAGGAAGAUCCACGUUUAAAGAACAGUUUUACGAUCUCUUGCACCGUCUUUUGAUUUAUGACCCAGACGAACGGAUCUCUGCGCGUGAUGCUUUAAGGCAUCCAUUUUUUUACAUGACAUUUGAUGAAGAUG